UGAGAUUUACCUCAACACCAUUCGGUGUAUAUAAUAAUACUGCUUUAGUCGCUGCUAGCUGCUUAAAGUUUUUAGUCCCAUUGAGCAAUGUCUUUGGCGGUUUUAAAUCCUGUUUUUGGCUUGAGAUCUGUUUCUAGACUGCAGAGGAUACGAGCACACAUGAUGAGCAGUACGGUGAGCUCAGAGGUGUUGUUGGAGAAAGUCGGGAAUGCCGGAGUGAUCACGUUGAACAGACCAAAAGCUCUCAACGCCCUCACCCUCUCCAUGAUCCGCAUGCUCCACCCCCAGCUGAAGAAAUGGGAGAACGACUCAGAGACAGAUCUUGUAAUCAUUAAAGGUGCUGGAGGUAAAGCUUUCUGCGCCGGAGGAGACAUCAGAGCUAUUGCAGAAGCGGGGAAAGCGGGAGGUUCUUUAGUACACGACCUCUUCCGUGAAGAAUACAUGUUAAACUACGCUAUAGGGACUUACAGGAAGCCCUAUGUGGCCCUCAUUGAUGGAAUUACAAUGGGAGGUGGUGUCGGGCUGUCAGUCCACGGGCGCUUUCGUGUGGCCACGGAGAAGACGCUCUUCGCCAUGCCAGAGACGGCCAUCGGAUUAUUUCCCGAUGUCGGUGGUGGCUACUUCCUGCCGAGACUCCAGGGAAAACUAGGACUCUUCCUCGCCCUGACGGGGUUUCGGCUGAAGGGUCGAGACGUGCAGAGGUCAGGAGUCGCCACACACUUCGUCCAGUCAGAGAAGCUCUCGGCUCUGGAGAAGGAUCUGACGGGUCUGAAGUCUCCCUCGACCAGCGACGUGGCAGCGGUCCUCGACUCUUAUCAGGAGCAGAGCACGCUGGACGCCGAGAAGCCGUUUGUCCUGCAGCAGCACACAGACGCCAUUAACAGGCUAUUUGAAGGCAGCAGUGUGGAGGAGAUCCUGGAAAAGCUACAGAAGGAACAGUCUGAUUUUGCAAAGAAGCAGGUGGAGACUUUGUCGAAGAUGUCCCCGACAUCACUGAAGCUCACCUUCAGACAGCUGCAGACGGGAGGUGGUCUGAGUCUACAGGAAGUGCUGGUGAUGGAGUACAGACUCAGUCAGGCCUGUAUGAGAGGACACGAUUUCUACGAAGGUGUGAGAGCUGUGUUAAUUGAUAAAGAUCAGAGUCCUAAGUGGAAACCGGCGACUCUGGCUGAAGUCUCGGCGCAGAGUGUGGAGGAAAGCUUCGCUUCUCUGGGAGACAAAGAUCUCAAACUGUGAUCACCACAAAGCAGAAAGAAUCGUCUGUAGUGUAGCCAGGAACCCGAGCAGACGUACUGUAUGUUCUUUCUUUCUUUCUUUUUAAGACUGUAAUAAACAUAAAUCACACACAGAGCUGAGGAGUGUCUCUGUAGGUAGAAAUAAAACCUGGCCGUCUGAUCCCAUGAUAUGUGUUGCUUAGACGUGAACGUCAUGCAUCCUUUCGGUGAUUAGGCUGUAAAACGUCUCUACAUCACGUCUCCUGUGACUUCUCCACGAAUUUCUAUAUCCUCCGAACAAAUCCUCCAUGACCGCCUUGGCUCCUGAGGAAAACGUCCAUCUCUGCGCUGAAAUCCGCGGCUUGAAGCGACUGACAGUUUCGACCAAAUGCCUUCAAUUUGACCACGAAUCAAUCUGUUUGCAUCAUUUCUCCGAUCAUUAAAGAACAUAAUGUCUUCAUGA